GGUGGUUGUGGUGGUAGUGGUUGUAGUGGUGGUCGAGGUUGUGGUGGUUGUGGUGGUGGUUUAUCCACUUCGCCUGCUGCACGUUGGACCACACGAGUUGGAAUACGCUUUGGCGCACCCACACUUGACCCCACCGCUCGCGACCCGCCACUCAGACGUGGCCGUCGGGAACGUUGCUGGCCCUGCCAGGUGCCGUACGGGUGACGGGGGCUCAACUCGCGCCGCGCUCUCGAGAAGCACUACAGGGUGGACAGCAGCACGGGGAAUUCCUGAGCUGAGGUCAUCGCGAUGUCAAGCCCAGGCGACGCCGAGGAAGACGUCACAUCUGGCCUCGCCGGUCUGGGCUGGGAGGCGGCUGCGGGGACCGCAGAAGGGGAUGGGGAGGCCCCCGGGGAGGCCCGCAGGCUGCAAGGCCACGCAGCUGCCCUCUGCGUGGCCUCCGGGCGCCUGGCCGCGUGGCUCAGCCGGACGCUGGGGUCCAUCGAGCGCACGGUCGUGUCCGGGAGCCACGUGAAGGGGAGCGCCCCCUCUUCGAACCCCGGGCCCCUGGUGUCCGUGUUGGGCUGCGGUCGCUUGGGCCGCGUGCUGGCCCGGGCCCUCCUGGACGAGGGUUGUCUGGACCCCACGCAGUUGCUCGUGUCCACGCGCCGCCCACACCUGCUCCGAGAUCUGGGAGCACGUGGCGUGCACUGCUGCUAUGACAACGCCCUCGCGGCCUCGUCCCGGCCGCCCCUGCUGCUGCUGUGCGUGCUGCCCUCGCAGCUGGACGCGGUGGCGGCCGACAUGCAGGGCCUCCUGCACUCGCGCACCCUCGUGCUGUCGUUCACGAGCGCCGUCCCCCCGCCCAGACUGAAGCAGCUCCUUGGGCACGGCAGCGUGAUGAAGCCGGAGUUUGUGAUGGACUGCGUAGGCCAAGAUGACUGCCACACACAGUUGGAAGCGGGUCCUGGACUCAAGCCAUCACCCAGAGUCACAGACGGGCCGCCUGAGGCUCCCACGUGGGGCCACGUCGCGAGGCCAAACCCCAGGACGCUGGAGCUCUGCGCCUGCGCCGCCCUCAACGCGUGCGCCACGCGAGGCCUCCCCGCCAUGUUGGCCGCCACCCUCGUGGCUCGGGCCUUCGCAGGCUCGGGCCAGGGCUUCAGGGUGCGGCCGGGACGGAACGACGGCGAUGGUGGUGGCGGCUUCGCACCAAGCCCUGCGUGCGCCGCCUCCCUCAUGCCCGACCGGCAGCUGCCCCACGCUGAUCUGGUGGUGGCGUGGGCGACAGAGAUGCCCCUGUCUCUCUGGCUGGGUGGGCACCCAUCGGCGCAGGAGCUUCUGCUCUCUGCUCUGCAAGGGGACGGAGGUGGUGGUGGUCAGGUCUGAUGUGCGCCGAGAGGGCAGGCGAGGGUGAGAGUGCGGAGGAGCGGAGCGCGUGGAUAAAAACAUGCACUCAUAUAACGGGUUCUGAACGGAGUAGGUGGAUAAAAACGCACUCGCGUGGCCAGGCUGCGAAGCAAUACAGAGUUCCUUUACAAGGCACGCAGUUAUAAUGAGGGGGAUUACUGCAGCACGCUGCUUCGGCAGAUUCAGUGAAAUUUGCACUCAUAAUUAUGGAUGCUAUGAAGCUGCGCACAAUGAGGAACGGGAUGGGGUGCAGGUUCCAUAAACAAUUCCCAUCAGCUGCGCUCGGUCACUGAAGCACAUAGGCCCCAUGCUGCCAGCCCCGGUCGAAUGGGUUCGGCCAAUUCAGCGACUGGUGUCAAGAGCCCAAAUGCGCUUAUCUGAAACUCAGUGGACUCUACAAGAGCAGGCCGUAGCCCAGGCAAUAACAUGACAGUGCAUGUUGUAUGAACGAGGUCUCGUCGCAAGAUCACAGCACACACCGUCACAUUCUGGGGUCCAGGUUAGGGAUGGUGGAAUAUGUUUAGCACAUUGGCCUUUGUGACCAAUAUUAUCCAUAAAAAUAAAAGGUUUUUUUUUGGCUAUCACUUGAUGAGGCUGGUUUUUAUAAUUGUAGUGACUGUACUUGUCACUGUAUGGUGCCGGGCUUGCGAAGUCAUGGCCGGUAUAGUGAUUACGAGCAGCCCGGGUUAUGGGCUGCAGUACCAAUUCUAACGGUGAUUGGGUGAGCGCUGGUUAGCGUGGAGGCACCGCAAGCAGUGUGUGGUGCCGGCUCCCAGUGAGGGAGCGAGAGGGAGCGUUAGCUAGCCAGGGUUACUCUGGGGCAUGACACUGGCUGACCUGUUGUCACGUGACCGGACGAUACUGGAGGGGGGCCGAGGGGCGGUCACGUGGUUCCGAGGGGCUCUCGGCAACAUUCGAGAAGGAGCUCGAGAAGCCUGGAAGGUGGGCGGGGCUGAGGGCGGAGCCAGCCCCGGCCCGGGAGCAUUUAAUGAGAGCUCUGUGAGGAGCUCGGGGUUCUUCAAGUGUCGGUGUUCGAAGAUCCACGUCGGGGAGAAGAAGCCUCUAGCCAUGCAGCCCGGGACCCAGCUUGUGGUCCGGACCGGAAUAGCGAACCGUGUCUAGUUCUGCCAUAGCGUGGUUAGAUGGGCAUUCGAGACCCGAGCAUAGGUUAUGUUACGUACUGUUGUGUGAAUAAAUAGUGUUGCUCCCAA